UCUCGCUGUACAGUUACGCGCGGAUCACGGACAGCCAGACAAGUUUCAUCUCGUUGUUUAAAAAGAGACUGACACGAAAUCAGACAGGAAAUUGUCAGCGCAGCACUCUUAGUUUUCCUGCGAAACUUUCUGGGAAUAAUCAGGACUAUGUCUGUGGUGAGCGCAGUGCCUUUCCUGAAGCCUCUCCCCAUGCGCUCUCCGGUGCCUCAGGGCCGCCGCCACACGCUGCCGGCCAGCGAGUUCCGCUCCCUCAGCCCGGAAGAUGCCAUCAGUGUAUUCGAGAUUGAAAGAGAAGCUUUCAUCUCUGUCUCCGGUGAGUGUCCUCUCCACCUGGACGAGGUGCGUCACUUCCUUACUCUGUGUCCUGAGCUGUCUCUUGGCUGGUUCGAGGAGGGACGGCUGGUGGCUUUUAUCAUCGGCUCACUGUGGGACCAGGAGAGGCUUACCACGGACGCCCUUACGCUACACAAGCCUCACGGGACCACCGUUCACAUCCACGUUUUGGCCGUCCACCGGACCUUCCGCCAGCAGGGAAAAGGCUCCAUCCUGAUGUGGCGUUACCUGCAGUACCUCCGCUGCCUGCCCUACGUCCGCCGUGCCGUGCUCAUGUGUGAGGACUUCUUGGUCCCCUUCUACCAGAAGUCAGGCUUUAAAAUGCUAGGCCCCAGCAACAUCACGGUGGGGCCCCUUAACUUCACAGAAAUGUUCUACCCCGUGAGGGGCCACGCCUUCAUGCGGCGCAACAGUGGCUGCUGAAGACACAGACUUGAUGUGGAUUCUCUAUAGCUGUGAAAGGAGGUGAAGACCCCUGAGAAACGGGGUACAGGGGGCACGUGAUGAGCGGUGCAGUGAGUGUUUGUGAUCAUCGCUGUCUGUGAGUGAAGCCUGUUUGUUUGGCAGGAAGUGACGUGUGAAUUCUGACCCGGAGUCUGCAGAGAGCCAAAAACAGAGAGAUGUCGACAGCAGUGGUUUGCAAAAGUGUCCUGAAAGCAAGAUUUGAUUUGCAUUGUAGUGAGUUCGUUACACAAAAACCAAAAUCCCAAAUCUUUAUUUUGAUAAACGCUGGACAUUUGUGUCCAACAGAACUGCUGCCUUCUUUAUUUCUUUUAUUUUUUUAAACAGUGAGGACACGUUUAAAUAAAACUAAUUCCUUUAGUAAUUCUCCAAUAAUAUGUAACAGCAGUUAAAAUGACAAAGGAGGGAUAUCAGCAAGGCUAAAUAUUAACAUUUAACUUCUAUUAAGACUUCAGUGAUCCCGUGACUGACCGUUUAUAAAUCGGACGUGUGGCACUUUAAAAGUCUGUCUUCUUUAUGGUCUUGUCAACUUUUUCUUGUAGACAGCCUCCAUUUUUGCCUCGGAGUCUUAAAUCAAGACAAACUCAUUUUUACACUGUUUUGUUCUAAUAAAAAUUUUAUUUUCUAA